UGCUCGGAGAUAGGAAAGGGAUCGUACGGCAUAUGCUACGCGGGACUGGACGUGAGCACCGGGCAAAAGAUAGCCAUCAAAGUGGACCCCAAGAAAACCAAGAGCUCAUCCCUAUUAUACGAGAUCAAGAUCUACAGACAGUAUCUCAAACGCAUUGACGCGCACACUCCGCACAUACCGGCCCUGUUCUGGGCGGGCACCGACCCGCGCAUGGGUCACGUGAUGGUCAUGGAGCUCAUGGGCCCCAAUCUGGACAAGUUGUUCGAGUAUUGUCACCGAAAGUUCACGCUUAAGACCAUAUUAAUGAUCGCCGUUCAGGUGGUCGACAUCAUGGAGUCGGUGCACCGACUGGGGCUCAUACACCAAGACAUAAAGCCGGAAAACUUUCUGAUGGGCGGCGCCGGGAGUCGCGCCAAACGCAUCCACAUUAUCGACUUCGGACUGGCCAAGCCGUUCAUCGAUCGCCGUACGGACAGGCAUAUCGAGUUCCAGGUGGGCGCCGGUAUGACGGGAACGCCCCGGUAUUGCUCGGUGAACGCCAAUAGGGGGUACGAACAGAGCCGUAGGGACGACAUGGAGGCCGUGGCCUAUAUGUUGGCCUACUUUCACUUGGGUUCCCUCCCGUGGCAGGGGCUCAGGCAUAGGGCGGGUCCGGGAUGUCGACGGGUGCACAAGAAUCAGGUGAUCCUAGCCGUCAAGGAUUCCGUGUCCGUACGGGAGUUGUUUGAGGGGUUGGCGCCGGUGUUUGUCGACUACCUGUCCGCCAGCAAGCAGUUGGCGUUCACCGAGAAGCCCGACUAUAGCCAAUGGACGGAUAGGUUCGGCCAAUUGCUGGAUGAGUUGGACUAUAAGUACGAUUGGGACGCCUUUUAUGGUAGCGAUGCCGGUGCCGACCAGUUCCUCACUCACGAAGUAUUAGUUUGA